AGAAUAGCACCAUACUCAUUACCAUCCCUCAGCUAUAAAAUAAACCCAACUUUGCCUCUCCAUUUUCAAGAAUCUCUCUCAGCUUCUUUUGUCUCUGUUCCUAAUGGUUUAAACAAGUCCUUAUGACGAUGGAAAAGAUAAGCUCUAUUAAGAGCAGAGGACUUAGAUUACCACCCGGUUUCAGGUUUCAUCCGACCGAUGAAGAGCUAGUGGUUCAGUAUCUAUGUCCAAAAGUGACCGGUUUACCCUUACCAGCUUCUGUUAUACCGGAAAUUGAUAUCUGUAAAGCUGAUCCAUGGGAUUUACCAGGUGAUUGUGAGUCAGAGAGGUAUUUUUUUAGCACAAGGGAAGCUAAAUACCCAAACGGAAACCGGUCGAACCGAUCAACCGGUUCGGGUUACUGGAAAGCGACUGGAAUCGAUAAGCAAAUAGGGGGAAAGAAGCUUGUUGGGAUGAAGAAAACUCUGGUUUUCUAUAAAGGGAAACCACCAAACGGGACAAGAACCAAUUGGGUUCUUCAUGAGUAUCGUCUUCUUGAUUCUCAGCAAGAAUCACAUGGAGAGAACACGGACUGGGUUUUGUGCAGAGUGUUUUUGAAAAAGACGAGCAAUGCUAAUAGUAAUAAGAGGAAAGAAGAUGAGAAAGAGAGGAAGGAAGAGAAAGAAAGUGACAAAGACGACAACAAGAGUGCUUGUCCGAUAUUCUAUGACUUUUUGAGAAAAGACAAGAAGAGAAAAAGAUGCUGCGAUUUGAAUGUGACUCCGACGUGUUGUUGUUGUUCUGCUUCAGCGUCUUCGUCGGUUUGCUCAAGUGCUUUAACACAGACAUCUACUCAUAAUGACUCUGAUUAUCAUGAAGAAAUUACUUGUCGGGAAAUUAAAUUUUGUUUGUUUCUCUAAAUAACAACUAAAAAGUUCAUAAUAAGAUCAGCAUGACCACCAAGUGGUUACGUAA